AUGGCGGCUGGGGAGCUGGUGCCUUUGGGCGGCUACUACUUCAGAUUCCUGCCUCAGAAAACCUUCAAGUCUCUGAGCACGCCGGAGACCACCAGCCGGCUCCGCCAGUGGUCCAUGCUGGGUAGAAUCAAGGCGCAGGCGUUCGGAUUUGACCAGACGUUUCAGGUUUAUCGGAAGGAUGAUUUCGUUAUGGCUUUUUUUAAAGAUCCAAAUGUUAUUCCCAAUUUGAAGUUACUUUCAGAUUCUUCUGGACAGUGGAUUACAUUAGGAACUGAAGUGAAAAAAAUUGAAGCUAUAAACGUUCCUUGCACACAGCUUUCAAUGUCAUUUUUUAAUCCGUUAUAUGAUGAAGAUAUUGUACGAGAGAAUGGACAUAUUGUUAAAUGUUUAGAUUCUUUUUGUGAUCCCUUCCUUAUUUCUGAUGAAUUACGAAAAGUUUUGCUAGUGGAAGACUCAGAAAAAUAUGAAGUAUUCAGCCAACCAGAUAGAGAAGAGUUCCUGUUUUGUCUUUUCAAACAUCUUUGCCUUGGUGGAGCCCUUUGUCAAUAUGAAGAUGUACUUAAUCCAUAUCUGGAAACAACAAAGCUUAUCUAUAAGGAUCUAGUGAGUGUUCGAAAGAAUCCUCAAACCAAGAAAAUACAAAUUACCUCUUCUGUCUUUAAAGUUACAGCAUAUGAUUCUGUUGGUAUGUGCUACCCUUCAACAAAGAGUCACGAACAAACAUUUUCUUACUUUAUUGUGGAUCCUAUCAUGCGUCAUGUUCAUGUUUUAUACCACUGUUAUGGCGUGGGGGAAAUGUCUUAAUGUUUUUUUCAGAUUAUCUAUAUUUAGAUAACUUUUUAUUACCUAUUUACCAGUUUUUAAUUUUAAUACUGAUUUAUGGAUAAACAUUUACUUUGCAAGUUAAUUCAAGUAAAAUGUAAAGAAGCUGCUUAGAGCAAAAGAAAACAAAUACCAAGAUACCUUUCUUUAAAUUUAUCUGGAAUACUAACACAGGAACCAAAUUUCAUCCCUAGCAUAAUCUACACCAAUACAGUUAUGGAAUUUUUACAGAAAAUUACAAAGAACUAAAAAUCUAGUUCAUAUUUGUUGCGUUAAGAUUCAAGUGAGUCCUCAAUUUUCCAUUUAUUUUAUUUUAGAACCAAAUUAAUUCUGGAUUGAAAUUGUGACAGAAAACUAAACAUCUCUAACCACUGAUCAUUAAUAUGAAUCAUUAGCUUUUAAAAUUUGAGUUUCACUUAGUCACGUUUCUUCACUGCAUAAAGGUUUACAUCUCUGGAGCUGUGGAAAACAUAACAAUUCCUUUAAUUCAUUUGUCCCACUUAAAAUCCUCAAUAAAAAAAUAAUGUUCUGAACAUAAUUGUAAACUCUUUUAUCACGUAAUAAAUUAAAACUGAGCUGCCCCCACAGCUAAUACAAGAACUACAUGUAAACAAAGAGGGUUGUCCUGAUGGUAUUAUUAAGUUGGCAAAAGAGUAAAGCACAGGAUGCCUUAGUACUGUCUCCUUGUUACCCUAGUAAAAUGAAUAUAUAACUUAUAUUUUUUUAAUGGAAAAAGUGAUUGACAUGUAUGCCCAAAAUGAUGAUGGAGACCCUAAAAGAAAUGUUGAAACCUUGAGGAAGGGGCAAGUUUGGAAUAUGUGUUUCUGAGUUGCAGGGGUAAGGAUGAUGAUCUUGGAUUUGAACCUGUGAUUGUAUCUGGAAGGCGGCUGGAAAUUUAGGUAUACAGCUCAGGAGAGAGAGUUUGUUUUACUUCUAAUACUUAGCACAAUGCUUUGGCACAUUAAUUGUUUAUUGAAUGAAUAUUUUCCAGACAUGGUCAUAACAUAGAUUUUUUGUUAACUCAUAUAAAAAACAUAAAAUCAAAAACUAAAAUGUUCAU